AUGAUAUCCUACACUCGAUGGCCGGUGUUUCUACGUCGUGUGAUCUCAGUGCAACCUAAAGUCAUCUCAGCCAAACCCACAGUCACUUUACGACAUUCUACACUUUGCACCAGACCAAACUCUUCACUUAUUCAGUUCCAAAGGGGAUACAAGAAGGUAACAGAUAUAAAUUUGGAGCCCUCUAGUUUCUACGGCGUGAACACCAAUUAUGGAUGGUUUAUUAUACCCAAGACGCAUUAUGGAUAUGAUUUCACUGAGACCAAGUUAAAUGAGUGCAUCAAGGAACAGGUUGAUGAGUCCAACAUUGAAGAAUGGCCCCUAAGUAGGAUACAGAGUGAGAUUGUUGAUGUUUGGGUGAAAUCAUUGACUAAAAGUAGUAUACCUAAAGUUAAGAAUGCAACUAAGAAGGCUAAGGCUGCACGAGAGAUUGAGGACUUGUAUACGGAGCAAAUGAGAGAAGUGGUGGAGAAUACAGAGGAAGUCCCACAAGUUGACCAAGAUAUUGGUGAAGAAUGUAUUGGCUCCAGUGGUGGUUCCAGUAGUGGUACCAAUAGUAAUAGUACUAAGAAACCAUCCAAAUCCAAGACCUCAUUGGAACCUUCUGGCUUGAAAGCAGUUCAUGCAUGGAACUACUACGUACAACUAAACACUCCUAAAUACAAGCAUCUAAGCACUACAGAGGCCAGGAGAGCGAUAGGACAAGCUUGGCGAGACUUGUCGUUACUAGAAAAGGAAAAGUACAAACAACAACUAUCUGACAUGUUAAAGAGUGGAGUCAGUUUAUACAAUGGGAAGACUAUCCCAUUAGAAGAGAAGGAGAAAUAUUUGAAACGAUUCAAAGUGUUUAAAGAACGGUCUAAGAAACGUAUGCUCAAGAGAGCUAUGACAUCUGAUACAUCAUAA